UUGUAGAAUAGAUUUAUAGUUAUUAUUCUGUUGAGCUAGUUGCCCCUGGUCUAUGACAUUUUCAAAUGGGUGAAACCGAUGAAGCCCGAGCUCCCGUUUCGACUUCAGAGAAACCGAAAAGACAACCGAGCUCCAGGAACCUGAGGAGGAAGCUUUCAGCUGAUGAGGAAGAGUCUCCCCUCAAGAGCAGCAGCAGCAGUCUGAGACGGUCCCUGCGAAGAGGAAGCUCCUUCACCUUCCUCACCCCAGGACCACAAUGGGACUUCAGUCUGAAGCGGAAACGCAGGGAGAAGGAUGACGGCGACGCAGUCAGCCUCUGCAGCUUCGACUUUAAGGAACCCAGCACAAAGCGUGUCCGUCCUCUCGGCAGGGUGACGUCGCUAGCCAGCCUCAUCUCUCCGGUGAAGAAUGGGGCCGUCCGGCGCUUCGGCCAAACCAUCCAGGCCUCCUUCCGAGGCGAUGGCAAGUCGCCGGGCGUGCCCCAGAAACCUUGCAGCAAGGCAGCGGCCCCCACGCCGCCAAAAAGGAGGAACAGCAUGCUGUGGUCGGAGACGCUAGAUGUUCACCAAAAGGGAACCUUCUCCACCAAAGAGAUCAAGCGGCAAGAGGCCAUAUUUGAGCUGUCUCGUGGAGAACAGGACCUGAUUGAGGACCUCCAGCUCGCACGCAAGGCGUACCACGACCCGAUGCUGAAGCUCUCCAUUAUGUCAGAGGAGGAGCUCACUCACAUCUUUGGCAACCUGGAUGCCUACAUCCCUCUGCACGAGGACCUCCUGGCGCAGCUCGCCAAAGCCACGGGGCCAGAUGGGACCGUUGGCCAGAUCGGACAGAUUGUCGUAAACUGGCUGCCUCGGCUUAACGCCUACAAGGACUACUGCAGCAACCAGCUGGCAGCCAAGGCGCUGCUGGACCAGAAGAAGCAGGACCGGCGGGUGCAGGACUUCUUGCAGCGCUGCCUUGAGUCACCUUUCAGCAGGAAGCUGGACCUGUGGAGCUUCCUGGACAUCCCGCGCUCCCGCCUGGUCAAGUACCCACUGCUGCUCAAAGAGAUACUGAGACACACUCCACCAGAGCAUGCGGACGCCGCCAGACUGGAGGAAGCGAUCACCAUCAUCCAGGGUGUGCUGUCCGACAUCAACAUGAAGAAGGGAGAGUCUGAGUGCCAGUACUACAUCGACAAGCUGGAGUAUCUGGACGACAGGCAGAGAGACCCUCUCAUCGAGCAGUGCAAGAGCCUGCUUUGUCACGGGGAGCUCCGCAACAAGAGUGGCACGAAGCUGCAUGUGUUCUUGUUCACCGAGCUGCUGGUCUUGACCCGCCCCGUUACCAGGAACGAGCGCCAAUGUUUCCAGGUUUACCGCCAGCCAAUCCCAGUGCACGACCUUGUGUUGGAGGACCUGCAGGACGGAGAUGUCAGAAUGGGCGGCUCAUUCAGGGGCGCUUUCAGCAACUCAGACAAAGCAAAGAACAUUUUCCGUGUGCGCUCCCCAGACCCGAGCCAGGCGCAGUCCCACACGCUGCAGGUCAACGAUGUCUUCCACAAGCAACAGUGGCUGAACUGCCUCCGCAGCGCCAUUUCCGUCCACCGGCCCCUCAGCGAGCCCUCCACGCCCUCCCCUCCGGCGAGUGCCGCCCGCUCCAAGCGCCGCCCGUCCUCAGCCUCCGCCAUCGUCCACAUGGAGGAAGCGGAUGAGAACUGCCUGCAGCCAGGCUCUCAGUCCGCCCCCACUUCACCAUGCAACAGUACCAGCCCCAGCCCCGACACGACGUCCCCUUUGUCCCGCUCCUCUUCCUCAUCUUUAUCAACGACGAGCUCAUCUUCGUCGUCGCCGCUCUCCUCGCCCACAACACACAAAACCAAAAAGGACAAGAAGUCUCUAUGUUCUUUAGGGAAGAGAAAAGAGACUAUGGUGUGAACUGAGGUGGAAGGAGGAAAUGGACUCUUGUUCGGACUUUGUACAUAAAUGUUAAAAAACAACACGGAUAAGCGUGGGACUUGUAUUUAUGUGUGUCUGCGUGCGUGCGUUUUAUUACAGUGUUCUGUGUUACUGUCCUCUUUGGCAGCUAUUUACCUUACCCUCCAUCCAAGUGCACCGCACAGAGACACAGUAUUCUGGAGAGACGUGCACAGCUUCCACCAGCUCUGAGGGAAGCGUAAUGAAAAGCAAUAACACAUUUCACACAUGAAUCUGUGUGUUGUGAAUGUGUUGAUUUCUUGAAUAUAGAGGUCGUGCCCAUCAAUCCUGUUUACUAUUAAUUUGAUAUUUAAGCAUUAUUUUAGACCUUUUUUGGGGGGCUAAUGAAAGUUUUACAUUUUUGUAUCCUAAAAUUUAUUGUAGUAUUUUUUUAGGUAUCAUAAUGCAGCACUGUUUUAAGCUUUUAGGUGAAGUUAUUUGAAAUUUUGAGGAUUUUUAGCAGAGAAUCCUCCCAAAGGAUGAGAUGUACAACACAAAGCUACAAAUUUCUCUGUAAAAGUCUGAUUUUUUUGAUUAAUCAGAAGACAUGUCUUAUUUUUAUACAUUCCUUUAAUGACAGAUGUUAGGACCUGGACACUUUUUUUUAUUCACUGCAGGCAUUAAUUUAAAUCCAGUAAGAUAUGAGACUUCAGUCUCUCUCUGAAAAAAACAUCACUAUGAGGUGAAGUGGUAGCAAAUCAUCUGAUGUCAAAAUCAGAGAAGAGAUGAGGAGUUUUGUUUUUAAACAAAAUUUUGAACUGAGCCAUGUUGGUUUUUAAAAAGCUGACUUUUCGGAAUGAAACGGAUCACUUUUCAGUGUUGCAUCGUGCAUGGAGAUUUAGUUGUGGACACUGUGCACCAGUAGAGGCAGCAGAAAACAUUUACCUGUCCUGGGGGAAAGGACAAUUAAACAUGUAAAAGACUGGUUGAUGGAAAUAAGAGAAGUUUGUUGAAGGCUGAAGGGGAAAAGAGAAAAGAUGGAAAAAGCUGUGUUUUGGAACUGAAAUAGAUUGUCAACGCAAGAUGAUAAACUCCAUUAACUUCCUGUAUAAGUUGAUGUGAUAUCUUGCGUAUUGAUGGAUGAUAGAUGGUAACAAUCAAGUGAGUUUAAUCGACAGGAACAAGUACGUAGGGGAAGGAAGAUAAAGAAGGUUUUUGUAUGUGUGAACAAGAUGAGUAAAAGAGAAGAGAAGAAAAGAAAAGAGCAACUUGCUUGCUACGAACUGUAUGUAUUUAAAGAACAAUAAAGAUCUGUGUAAGAUUUGCA